UGUCAUUUCGACAUUGAACUAACCCUAACUUACACCCUAGUCUCUCGAGCUCCAUUCACCCUCCACGCUAGUGAAGAGCUUCUUCCUCUCACCGUCCACGCUCUCUCACCGUCCACGAGCUUCUUUCACCGCUGCUGCCACUGCUCGCGUCGCACAAUCUCAUCACUGAACUCAGCAACGGCCAUUCGCUGGUUAUCCUCAUCCACCGGUUCAGGAAUCACUGCACUCAUCCUUCAGGGAAGAUCUCUGCCUCUGGUGGUCGCGGAGGUAGUCGCGUCGUCGUCGUUCUCACCGCUCUAGGCCCAUCCGCCUCCUUCAUGCACGGUGUCAUCUCCCUCCAACUUUGCGACGGCGCCGCUGUCUGUCGCCCAGCCAACCACAGCCUUUGUAAACGAGUAAGGUGGCUUUGGCGGUGGGCGAUUCAACCCCUCCGCUGCUACUCCGCCACCCUGGAUGGCAACUUCCUCCUCAGCUCGGCCCGAGCCGUUUCCUUCAAAUGCGCCAAAUGUAGAUCCAGGUGUUCUUCUCUUGUGUGUUCUGGAAUGAGAGCUAAUUUUGAUUGCAGUUUUGGAAUUGAAUUUUGGAAUCCUACUCGAACUGAAAUUGCUCUUGAUUAUACUGGUUGAAAUUCAAAAUUAAAAACUAAUUCUUCUUAUUCAGCCAAAUAUGUUGCUUCUUCUUCAUUUUCUACAUAAAUAGACAAAGAUGAAUGCAGAAUUAUUGCUCGAUCUGCCAGCUCUGUUGAUUUUGUUUGUUGUUGAGGUUAAAAUGUAAAAUUGAAAUCUGAUGAGUCUCCUUCUUCUCCUUUGAUGUGAACUUCUUCUGUAAGUUUUGGAUUCCUUGCUGAUUUUGAAGCUUUUGCUGGUGUAGACUCUAAUUUUGCAAUUUUAUAUUCUGAAUCUGAAUUCUAAAAUUGGAGAUUUGUGAUUAUUGAAUUUUCUGCUGCUAGCUUUGCUGAAUUAUUGCUGAGUAGUGAAAAUUCUGCAUUUGAUUUGGCCUGAAUCUAGAAAAUUGGAGGCUCCUGGAGUCAUUGAUAUCGUUGAUUUGGCUGUGGUUACUGUUCUAAGGUCGUAUAAUGAGACUGCAUUUAUGGUUGAUCAAAAUUAUCCUUCAUUUCCUUUAUCAGCUACUUUGGAUCAUAUUGUUGGCAUCCUGCGCUGCUCUAUUAAUUCAAUCCAUGGCAGCCAAUCUUAGGGUCGUCACUGGAAAGCACUUAGCAGAGCAUUGUAGAAAUGAAUAUCCUUGGGCUACCAACUUUAUUCUUUGGUUUAUUGCUGAAAUUGCCAUAGUCGCCUGUGACAUUCCUGAAGUAAUUGGGACAGCCUUUGCAUUGAACAUGCUUUUCAGCAUACCUGUUUGGAUUGGUGUUCUUCUGACAGGACUCAGUACAUUGAUCCUCUUAGCUUUACAGCAAUAUGGGGUUAGAAAACUUGAAUUCUUGAUCGCAUUUCUAGUAUUUACAAUUGCUGCAUGCUUUUUUGCUGAGCUUGGAUAUGCAAAACCUGUUGCUAAAGAAGUUUUGAAGGGUCUUUUUGUGCCAGAACUAAAAGGAAGCGGUGCUACUGGUCUCGCGAUUUCACUCCUAGGGGCUAUGAUUAUCCAGUAUACCACUCACUAUAUGAUGAUUUCAUCUGGAUGCAGAAAUUUGGAGAUCCUAUGUUUCAUAGGCAUGUUGCAGCUUAAUGUGAAGAACUUGGAAGAUGAGAUUUCAAAUAAAGACAUGAAUUUGUCUCCUAUAUUGAAGUCAAUCAAGGAGCUUGAGAAAGCAGCAAUCAAGAUAAAUGACCAGAGAAAGGAAAUAGAAGCAAGUAAAGGUUGGAGAACAUGGAAAGAGUACCAAAUGAAAGUGAGAGAUGUGAAUGAUAGACUUAUGAUGGCUGAACGUACAUUCACUGACAGAGAUGGCCUCUUAGGAAUGACAUGGCAUAAGCAUUUGGGUUCUAACUUCUAAGAAAGAUGAAAUUGAAGAAACCAAGCAAGCAAAGCAGAGAAGAAACAUCAAACAUGGCUGCUACUGUUGGAAUCACAGAAUUUAUUGGAGCAGAGAUGAUUGAGAAGGCAAUUUCUUAGUAGAUGAAGCUAUUUUGUCCAAGCUAAAGUCAAAGAAGGCAAAGGUCCUUGUUGAGAAUUUCUUGUGCCAAAAAGGGAAGCAUCAGUGAGAAUUUCUUUGUGCCAGAAUUUCUUGUAUAUCAAGAAUGCUGUUGUAUCAUCAAACUUAACUCCUUGAGGCACCAAAUUUAAGAGAACAGUGGUUUUCUCUAGUUGAUGAUUUGCUGCAUUAGCUCCAACAAUGCGAACCUGGUUGCGACUCAACAAAAGACUGGCUGCAAUUCCCUCAGCUAGCUUGAAAACCAAAGGGAAGAACUUGUAUAUUACGAUGCUGAUGUGGAGUUUAACUUGAAGUGGCCACACACAACCACAAGGAGAUCCAGGAGGUGUAUUUGUCAAUGGCUCUGAGCAAGUCACCAUCAUGCAAUCUAAAAGGAAUAGGAUCAAUAUAAAAUCUUGUUUGUUUAAAUUGUUGAAAAUGAAGGAACUAGUAGUGUCAAUGAGUAAUGUAAAUAGUUAUAGUUCUGUCAAUGAUUUAUAUUUUGGGUAUCUUUUAAUUGAGAUAGUGAGAUAUUGGCCAAUGAUGUUGAAAAAUAACAUCCAAUUUUAUAGGUAUUAUGUAAUGAAUAUUAUGUU